GAUCUGGGCAGCGCCCAGCACGACAGGGCCCUGAUCUCAGCCGGGGUCUGGGCAGCGCUCAGCGCCCUGAUCCCGGCCACGGUCUGGGUGGCGCCCGGCCCGAUGAGGACUCUGAUCUUUAGGCACAGUUGCAGCACAGACAACAAAUCACAAUGGUGCUAACGGUACAUGGCACAGGACCAUGGGCUCAGAGGCCAGGCACAUAGUUCGGGUUUGUGAGGAGGCAGCGUGAUGUGUUAUUUGCCCCAGGGGAUGUUUGGGGUCAGAGCUAAGGUUAUUCUCAUAGAAGUUAUAAGGAUAGGGGGUGUCUGUCACCAUGGUGCCCUCAGUGUCUCAUUUAAUCUGCACCACGAAGUGCGCGGUGACAGUGCGACUGGUUUGGUGUCACUGCAACACCCCCACCCUUGUGCUAAGCCUGGGCCCUGGAGCAGUCAGCAUCUCAGCUAUAGGGCCUGGCUGCAUGAAGGGGGUUUGCCGUGAAUUGUGCCAUUUACUCACCUUUCCCAUUGCACCGGUGCAAGAGCUGCUUUACCCAGUGCUGGGAGAGGGGGAGGUUCACAUGGCACUAGUGCAAGGGGGGAGGACCCGGGGGGGCAUGUUAUGGCUGCACUGGGGGGUGGCAGACUCUAAAUAUCCUCUCAGGGCCCUGGUAACAGAGGCACCUGAAGCCACCCAUGGGGUGAUGGGACGGGCUGUGAAGGCCAAUUGUAGCACUCCCCCCCAUUUCCUCCUCCUCCCUCAGGCAGCGACUGGGAACCACAGGAGUCACACGAGGGCACAAGCCCAGCCUGACUUGAGUGGGGGGGUUUCUUCUCCCCAGCAGGGCUCAGACUAACUUCCUCUCACUUCCCAACCAAGCCCCCUCCACCCCAGUUCUGCACGGUCCCGAAUCCCACGCACCCCACUCCCCCACAAUCCCACGCAGUGCUAGGCCCCAGACACCCCAGGGCCCCAUUUCCUUCUCAUGGAUCCAGCAGCCCCCCCCAUCCUAAGCCCCACGUCCUCACUCCAUGUAGCCCCAUUCCUCACUGUGCACCCCCAUGCUCCAUUCAUGCACCAACUCCCCCAUACCCUCAGCACACCCCCAGCACCCCAAUUCCUCUGCAUGCACCCCCACAGCCCAGUGCAUGCAGCCUGCACCUCCAUCCUCCUCCCUAGCUACGUACCCCCACGCCCCAGGGCACCCCCAGACCUCAUACCCCCUCCCCCUUCGGACCCCUGCACACACCCCUCCCCCCGGGGAUCCCCGCUCGCCGCAGACGCCCGCACAAGCCCGAACUUGUCCGCGCGGGGGCGGGGCGGCGCUGACGUCACGGCCCAGGGGGCGGCGCGAGCCUCGAGCCCCGGGAGCGGCUGGAGUCCGCGCGCGACUUGUUGUGGCUUUUGCUUGUCCCGGUGCAGCUGAGCUCGCCGCGCACAGUCGGAGCCUCCGCGGGACCCAGCGACCCCCGAGCCGCGCCGGGAGGGUUCAUGCAGCUGCAAGCUCACCGAGCGCCAUGGCCAGAGCACCGCAGGAGGGGAGCCGCGCUCAGCCGACAGCCGCCCUGCCCGGGGACCCAGCCUUCCUGCUGGGGGGGGCGGUGGCCGUGCCGCCCGCCGUCUGCCCGGGCAGCCUCGCCCUGCCACCCCGGCUGAACUGCAGCCUGUGCCCCAACGGCCCCGCUCCCUGCUCGCUCUACCGCUGUGUCCGGGGGCCGGAGCCCCCCCGGCGCUGGGACGCCCCCGAGGCUGGCAGGACACAUGGAGAGCUCCAGCCCAUGCAGGAUGAGGGCCCCAACAGGGAGCAUCCCCCCACCGAGCCAGCCCCAGAGGGCACAGUGUCCAACAGUGGCCUCCCUGGGGAGCCCCUGCACCCGGAGCAUGCACUGGGGGCCCAGCUGCGGUGCAUGGGCGAUGCCUUCCACCAGGCCCAUGAGAGGCAGUGGCAGGAGCGGCAGUGGCAGGGAGCGCUCUGGGCCCGUUUCUGCCACUUCGUCUCUCAGCUGCUGGGCGCCUUCUACAACAUGCCCAUGGACGUGAUGCCGGAGCUGCAGCCCAACUAGCUCCUUGUGGGGCUGGAGCCGGGGGGGAGGCCCCCCCCGCGUGGACUGCGGAGCCGCUUGGCAAAAUGUAGCAACUUCCAGAGCUCAUAGCACCCCCACCACCCCGGCAAGCCAUGGCCCCUGCAGGCUGGGCCCCAGGCUGCUGCCCCCCCGGGCACCCACUGUCUAUUUAUUUAUUUAUUUUCGAGUACUGACUGGGAGCCCCACAGUGCAGGGCCCCAUAGCGGGGAGCGGCCCCCGCAGGCUCCCCCCACUGUUCCUCAGGGAGCGCCACGCAAUUGUGACAGGGGGCGGACAUGCAUGUGACGGCCGCAGGCAUUGCCUCUGCCUCACCCCCGACUCCCCUCAGGACAGCGGGAAGAGCUGGGCUCCGGCAGUGGCAGGGAGGGCAAACUCUGAAGUGGGCUCAGCCAGCCGUCCUGCUGCUUCCUCCCCAUGCCGUGGGCAGCCUGAGGAGUGGGGGGGGCCCCGCCUGUCCCGUUGCCUCCCCACGCACAGCUUGCUGCUGUGGCUCCGGGCAUGGCCAGCCCUGAGCCCGGCGCUGCGCCCAGAGCAGGGGGGGCCUUGGCAGGGGCGGCAGGAGCACUGUAAAUACUGUACAUAGUGACACUGUACAGGGAGAGGUGUUGUAUAUACAGACCGGUACCGGGCCGUGCUGUACAUAGGGGGACACUGUACAUACGGGGACACGCUUGCUGUACAUGAGCAGUGACUUUGGUUUUCUACGUUUCCUUUUCAAUAAAACUGGAUUUAAGCAAA